AUGCAUUUUUUGGGAACGUUCAUAUCGGCUUCAUAUCUGCGGCUUAUACACCGAUACAGAUAUAUCUGCGACAGGCUCAUAUCGGCCGAUAAAAUCGGCAAAACGAUAAAUCGGUCGGGCUCUAGUCAGCACCCGUUAAUAAGCAGGUUUAUGAGAGGUGCAAGGCGUUUGAAAAGGGUUGUGAAGCCCUUGAUUCCGCAGUGGGACCUAUCCGUGGUUCUGAAUGCAUUAUCUCAGCCCCCUUUCGAGCCUUUAGAGGAUAUUGAUUUAAAGUUCCUUUCGCUAAAGGUGACUUUAUUGUUGGCUCUCUCAACGGCAAAGCGUGUUAGUGAACUUCAUGCUUUGUCUGUUCAUAGCUCUUGUAUGGUGUUUGCUACAGAUCUCUCUAGAGUGACUUUUAAAACAAAUCCAGCGUUUAUACCUAAAGUGAGCGAGUCAGCUCUCGCGUGUAAACAAGUGGAUUUAAUGGCUUUUCACCCGCCGCCUUUUUCCUCACCAGAAGAAGAGCGACUUCAUUGCUUGUGCCCAGUUCGUGCAUUAAGUUGCUAUGUGAACAGAACUAGGGCGAUAAGGAAGAAUAAUCAGUUAUUUGUUUCAUGGGCUGACACUCACAAAGGGAAACCUAUUUCUCGUCAGCGCUUGUCUCACUGGGUGGUAGAAGCUAUUAUAUUAAGUUAUAAUAGCAGAGGUCUUACUCCCCCAGCGGGGUUGAGAGCUCAUUCUACCAGAGGUAUGGCCACUUCUUGGGCACUUUUUAAAGGUGUCUCAGUUCAGGACAUAUGUGCGGCAGCAAGUUGGGCUUCGCCUCACACGUUUGUUCGAUUUUAUAGACUAGACGUCACAGAGCCAUCGCUGGCUCAUUCUGUCUUAAGUGUGUAAAAUUUGGCCAUAAUAUGAGUAUGCUAUUAGGAAGGUAGCUGCUCAAAUGACUUUAAGUUAAGUUGCAUAAUCACGGGUUGGUUGACAAGCCUGCUUCGGACAGCAUAUCUGCAAUACGGGAGUUGUCUAUAUCCCAUAGUGAGAUACCGAGCGAAUGUUUGAAAGAGAACGUUAGGUUACUUACGUAACCCCGGUUCUCUGAUAACAUGAGUGAGGUAUCUCACCACACCACCCUCCUUGCAGUAGCU